AUGGCGCCCGCGUCAGACUCGACUCCGAAGCGGCAUCUCCUGUCCCUGCCGCAAGAGUUACUGGAUAUUAUCCUCGACUUCGCGUAUCCGGCUGAAGACGAGAAGUGCUUUAUAGACCGCAGGACAUUCGAAAAGCAGGAGAGAGAGCGCCGACGAACGAGCCCAAACACAUUUACUCCAAAGAUCUUUAUCCACAAGGUCAAUCAGUGGAUGGUGUCAAAAUCAUUCUUUGAGUCGGCCACCAGAGCUUGGGUCGCAAACCAGCACUUUCGUGACUAUACCUUCCCUGGCCCCUACUCGGUUGCAUUCGCUCGAGUCUACUUCUCGAGUAGCACAGAACCAAAAUGUAUUCUCGUACAGCACUGCACAAGACUCAGUGUUACCUACAACCCCGCCUAUGCCGAUCUCAUGGAGCUGCCUAGCUUGAAGUACCUAACACUCAUUGUCGAUCAUGAGAUUUUCGAACCCUCUGAGCCGGCGUUCGCUUGGGAAGUAUCGCUGUCGCGAGAACAACUUGUGAAAGUCUCCCACCAGUCUGGACUUACUGGACUCCCGAAACUGAAGCGGAUCAAGCUGGUGGCCAAGAACUGCACAUAUGCCAGGACUGGGCGGCAAAAAGAGCAAUGGGCGAGAAGUGUGGUGGCACUGGAGAGUCUCCUUCAAGAGCAACAGAAGUUCAAGGUGACACUGCAACCUGGAGCUCGAAUGCCAAGGCAGAGGCUGUCUAAACAAGAGAUUAAGAAUGCCAUCUCUGCCCGCGGCCUGGAAAAUGAGGCCAGCCUCUCCUGGCUGGUUGACGAUCCCGAUCUUUCUUUGCCAGUCCUGGACGUCACUCUGAACUCGAUCAAGCGCCUGGAGAAAGAAGAUGGAAAAGCUACCUCAAAGUCUGUGGCAACAGCUUGGACGAAUUCGAAGGAUGUAUCCAAAGACCAUCCUAUUCCAAGCAGUGAGGUCGACGCUCACACGAAACAUGUACGCCAGGCUUCGAAUACAGCAGUGGGGAGAAAACGCAAGGCGUCGGCUGGGAAGCGUGAGCGUUAUGGAGGACUUGCCAGACCGGUUGUGAAGAUCUUGAGCGAAUCGAUACUUGAGGCGCACCGGAUAGUGCAGGAUAUGGCUACUCCGGCUUCAGACAAGACUUUAAGAGCGAGAAUGGUUGCCCGCCUGUCUGGAGGCACCAGUGCGCUCGCCCGCGUUGUGAGCGGAAAAAGUCAAGAGCCAUCAACAGCCGCAGCCAAUGCAGGUUUUGAGCGUGUUGAGCCCCAGGAAGAAGUGCCAGUGGUCGGGCUAACGGAUGGGGACGGCAAGGCUGGCGGAGCUGCGAGCAUGCUUUCAGGCGAAACUCAGACUGGAGAGGAGGUCAACGUUCCAGACGGCAUUACUGACGAUACCUCUGAGCUCGAUUUCUAUAUGAGCCCUGGGCCCGAGCAAGAGCCAGAGAAGGAGACACCACGCGGACCCAUUGCUGGAAAGAAGCGCAAUGCUGAAGAGUUCUGCACGCCCCUUCCGAAGCGUCAAGCGCUGGUCAAGUACGAUCUGCUGGCGAGUGGGAAGCCUGCCAGACCAUCGAGAAAGAGCACUGGCAGACUGGCACUUGAGGCCGAACAGCCAGCGUUGUCGUCAGCUGGAAUGACUGCUCCACUGCCUGAGGCUAUUCAGGAGUCAACACCAGCGGAGGAAAUCAGCGCCUCUCUGUCUGGAGGCACGAGCAAGACCGCUCAAACCCAAGGUGAAAAGCCUGAAGGCCAGAAGAAUUCGCAGAGUGAUGGCCUUGAAGGCCCGAAAGAAGAAUCCGAGGAUGAAUGGGUCACGGAGGAUGAGGAGGAGUUCAGCGGAUCUUCUGACAUGGUUUCUGCCAGCACUCAAACCGAAGAGAAGUCUGACAUGGUUUCCGCCAGCACUCAAACCGAAGAGAAGUCCAACAUGGAAGCCGCCAGCACUCAGACCGAAGAGGAGUCUACCAUGCCAGAGGACAGCACACAAGUCUUGUCACAAGGCACACAGACCACACCGGAGCAUUGCCAGUGCCAGGUUGAGACGGUCGUCGCCAAGCUCCAGAAGCUCGAGCAAGGACUCGAGCGUCUGCUCGCAUCGCACAACGAGCUUAAGCAUGCUGCCAAGCCUCAGCAGGGCUUCUCCGUAUUGGCCGGUCUGAGCUCGCUUCUCUGGGUUCUCGUGUGCCUCUAUAUUUUGCUGCAGAUGGCACUGUUGAAUGACCAUGUCUCCUAUCAUAUCAGCAGAUUCGAGCCGGUCGUGGUGUAUGGUUGA